AUGAAUCCGACCGACCGUGGUGCACCAACGAGCUUCAAGUGUCCACUCUGUGAUAUGCCCAUCGAGUCCCAGGACAAGCUGAAACAACACAUCAAGGUCACCCACAGCCAUUACUACUAUGAUACGUAUCUGUUUCCACCGGAAAUGCUCUUCCCGGGUGCUUCGUCCAGCGUGACCUCGAACGCGGAAGGCGUGAUUAGCAGCGAACCGCUCUCCACGCAGGAAGUGACAAUCGAGCAGGCGGAAGAGGAGUGCUGUUCCUGCUGCGCGUACGAGGAGUCGGGCGGUGAUUGCGGGAUGUGUGACUGCGAAGAUGACGCUCAGGGCGAAUGCGACGACUGCCUGGUAAUGUGA